AUGGCCUCCGCCUCUUACAACGUCAGCCGCGCCCAGGCGCCCGACGCCUUCGGCCCCGGCGCGGCGCAGAACAAGCCGGACAACACGGCCUUCACGCAGCAGCGCCUGCCCGCCUGGCAGCCGCUGCUGUCGGCGGGCACCGUGCUGCCGCUCUUCUUCUGCCUGGGCCUGGCCUUCGUGGCCAUCGGGCUGGGCCUGCACUUCUCCUCGGAGCAGAUCGAGGAGGUGGAGCUGGACUACACGGGCGCGCUGCGCAACUCCAACUGUUCGCACUGCGCCAACCUGACGAGCGACGGCCUCGCGUCCUGCUGGUGCACCGCGUGCUUCGAGCUGCCCGCCGACUUCCCCGCACCCGUCUGCCUCUACUACCAGCUCUCCAACUACUUCCAGAACAACCGGCGCUACAGCGUGUCCCGCGACGACGCGCAGCUGAGCGGGGAGGCCUGGGCCCUGCGCCAUCCCAUCCAGGAGUGCCAGCCUUACCGCACGACCGCCCAGGGGAUCCCCAUCGCGCCCUGCGGCUCCGUGGCCAACAGCCUCUUCAACGACACCUUUGAGCUCUACCGCCAGCUGGAGAACGGCUCCCAGGAAGCCAUCUCCCUGGACAAGAGGGGCAUUUCCUGGUGGACCGACACCAACGUCAAGUUCCGGAACCCGGAGCCGGUCAACGGCAGCCUGGCGCAGGCCUUCUUGGGCACCGCCAAGCCCCCAUUCUGGCACGUCCAGGUCUUCGAACUGGACAAGGGCAACCCCAACAACACUGGCUUUGUCAACGAGGCCUUCAUCGUGUGGAUGCGCAUCGCCGCCUUGCCCACCUUCCGCAAGCUCUACGCCCGCGUGGGCAAUGGGAGUGCCGUGAUGGGGCUGCCACAGGGCACGUACUGCCUCAACAUCACGUACAAUUACCCGGUCCUUUCUUUCCACGGCGGCAAGAAGGUCAUCUUCAGCACGCUGUCCUGGAUGGGUGGAAAGAACCCCUUCCUGGGCAUCGCCUACCUGGUCUUUGGUUCUGUUUGUGUUGUCACGGGCAUUGUCAUGUUGGUGGUGCAUAUAAAAUACCGGCAUCUGAAUGAGGAAGAUUAG